CUCUCUUUCUCUCAUUCUCUCUUUCUUCUUUUCCAUUCUCUCAUUGCUUUCGUGGAAGAGAGGAGACAGACAAGGACAAAGCCUUGAACUCAGACGCUGUGAUGGACACCAAAGCAGUGUUUGCGACCCUGUACAGUGUGUGCGAAGAGAAUGCCACCUUCUUCUCAGGAGGAGCCAAAGGGUCGCAGGGUGAUGCGGCACGGCGGCUGGUGGACACCAUGAAGCUGAUCCAGGAGCACGCACGCAGCCUGGAGCCUGUUAUCUCCGGCUUUGCUGCAGUUUACCAUCACUUUGACUUUGACCCACACAUACCUGCCAAUGGCUAUCGCUCUCUGGUGAAGGUAGUGCGCUGCUGCAUUCUCCACAUUAUCCAGAAGGGGCGCUACAUCACCGCCAACCGCCGCAGCAUCUUCUUUCGAGUAGCGCACAACGCGGGGGAGAUGGAGGCCUACUGCAAUGCUCUGUGCCAGCUGCGUGCCCUGCUCUACUUGGCUCAGCGAAUGCUACAUGACAACAGCCAUGGCAACCUUUUUUUCCAGGACGAAAGUGGCCUCAGUGAGAGCUUUGUCCGUGAAUACGCAUCCAUGCACAAGGGGUGCUUCUAUGGCCGUUGUCUUGGCUUCCAGUUCAGUCCAGCCAUCCGACCCUGUCUCCAGACCAUCGCUAUUGGCCUUGUGGCCUUUGGAGAAAACUACAAACGCCAUCAGUCAGGAAUAGGUGUUGCAGCCAGCUCUUUCUUUACCUCAGGAAAGUACGCCAUCGACCCAGAGUUGAGAGGGACAGAAUUUGAACGCAUUACCCAGAACUUGGACGUCCAUUUCUGGAAGAGCUUCUGGAACAUCACUGAGACCGAAGUCCUGUCGAGUCUUGCCAGUAUGACAUCCACUCAAGUUAAGGUGAACCGUGCUCUUUCUGUGCCCCCUGUGCCCUUUGACCUUCCCCUGGCGGCCAAUCACAGAGCAUCUGUAACUAUAGCUGCGCCAUCAGCACACAUCGGCACAGCUCCAGUUCAGAUGAGGCUCAUCUCCUAUGACUUACGCGAAGGACAGGACAGUGAGACUCUGCUAUCUCUUUCCCGCUCUGAAGGGGGUGCCAUCUCUUUGUCACUGGGGCUGAAGACCAAGCGCCUCCCCUCAUCUCCCUACCUCUUGAUCCACUUCCACGGGGGAGGAUUUGUGGCCCAGACCUCCAAGUCCCAUGAGCCCUAUCUUAAGAGCUGGUCCCAGGACCUUGGUGUCCCCAUCCUGUCAGUGGACUACUCUCUGGCCCCUGAGGCCCCCUUCCCAAGGGCCCUGGAGGAGUGUUUCUAUGCCUACUGCUGGGCUCUGAGAAACCACCAUCUACUAGGCUGGACCGGAGAGAAAGUGUGUCUGGCUGGUGACAGUGCAGGAGGCAACUUGUGUGUGACGACAUCGAUGCGAGCUGCAGCGUUUGGUGUGCGAAUGCCAGAUGGCAUUGUGGCAAUCUACCCAGCUACCCUGCUGACCGCCUACGCAUCGCCCUCCCGUCUGCUAACACUUAUGGAUCCACUGCUGCCGCUCAGCGUGCUCUCCAGGUGUCUCAGUGCCUACGCAGGCAAUGAGCCACAAACGGAGACGCAGGUAGAGAAAGUGAGCACGCUGAGCCUGGUGAGGAGGGACACGGCUCUGAUGCUCAGAGAUUUCCGACAGGGAGCUUCCAACUGGAUUCAGUCUCUGCUGGAUUCAAACAGAGCCUCAGCCUCGCCUAGCACAGCUGCCGAGGCGCCACCAGGAGCCACCGACACGGUGAGGAAAAGCGUUUCAGCGGCGUCCAUCUCGUCCCCUCACGCAGACCCCCCUGUAGCCUCAGAGACCUCCGACUUCCCCUCCAGGAAAUUAUCUGUGAAGAGCCAGACGUGCCAGGACUUGGGAUCCCACAACAAUUCCACUUCUCACAGCGCACCGCUGCUCUCUGAGCGCAUUCCAGAAGAGGUGAAUUUCUUCCUCUCCGAGAAUGAAGAUCCCUCCAUGUCCAGCGACCUGUCUUCAGUGGCCAUACCACCCCCUGCUGGAGAGGAGGGAUCUGAGCUGGAGCACCAGAGGGAGUUUCCCCUGGGGUUUGAGCCGCUGCGAUCAGAGCAGCUAUCUGAGAUGAAAGUGCAAAGCUCUCCCGUGGUCAAGGAUCCGUUCUGCUCUCCUCUGCUGGCUCCUGAUAGCCUGCUCAGAGGGCUGCCGCCUGUUCACAUAGUGGCUUGUGCUUUAGACCCCAUGCUGGAUGACUCUGUGAUGUUUGCCAAGCGUUUGAGGAAAAUUGACCAGCCUGUCACUCUGUGCAUCGUGGACGACCUCCCCCAUGGCUUCCUCAGCCUAUCGCAGCUCUGCAGGGAGACGAAGGAGGCAGCCAACGUCUGCGUGGAGAGAAUUCGCACCGUCUUCACCCAGAAGGACACGCCCCCGGAGCCACGCAAGCACCGCAAGCUGGAACGGACCGAUAGGGGUGUGUCGGCCUCUUCUGGGGAAGCCGCUUCUCUCCUCAUUGGCCCCAUUGAGGGAGGGGAGCUAGCUGUCGGGAGAGGGACUAAAAUUUCCGAUGGGGAGGGCUUAGUUGCUGUGGCAGCCCAGAACAACACUGACGCUGUUGGUGUUGGGCCUUAAAUAAGGUUAGAUAAUAAAACAAGACUGCAGUUCACCCAAGGAGUGAAGGGAGAAAGAGUAAAUGAAAGUCAGAGGAAUUUAGGCAGUGCAAUGCCUAAAAGGCAGAGAGAAAGCUUCCUAAAAAAAAAACAGAAAGAGAGGGAGGGGACAGUCUCACAGUUUGAGAGACAAAAAAAUAGAGGAGGAGCACUGAAACACAACUUCCUCUGCUUUACAAUCCCUGUCUCUUGCACCGUCACGCAAUGACGCAAAGCUGGCAGACAAAAACUAACACACCCACUAAAGACAGUCAUGUUUUUGAAUAAAAUGGUAAUUUACCAGCUACUUAGAUCAAAGACCAGCACUCACCCACACAUGCAGCACACAUACUUAACAGAGUUGCCGUAAGGCAGCGGAGGCUCGGACAUAAAGCAGCGCAGGAGACACUUAAGACGAGGCCUGAAUGGGUGAUUCAUCUAGGCCAAGGCAGUCAUUUGAGGCCCUAAUCAGAUAGUGGUAGGCACACUAUAUGCUUCUGUAUAGAGUCAUCUCCAUCAAAAUGGCCACUUGUCCUUUAGGGAGCCACUCUAAAUCACACUUAAUAACUCCACAUUGUGUUCUCCAUUACGCCAGUUUGGCAGUCAAUACAGCUCACUUUGUGGAUUGUAACUCUGUUGACUCUCUCAAAUAGAAUUACAACGCUAAAACACAACAGACUGAAAGGAUCUAAACUGGAUGAAUUGAUUUACUUGUUUCUUGAGAUUCUGUUGUUUUUAAUCAUAUUAUUAACCCUAUGCAGUAGUAUUACAUUUAUUAUUUAUAUCUUGUUUUCUAUUGCUGUAUUUUAAUCAUUACAGGUUUGUUUGUUUGUUGAUUUGUACGUCAUAUUGUUUGUUUAAUGUAAUCGUAUGCUGUUUAUUCCGCAUUUUUGAAUGUGCUUAAUAUUUACCUCUGCUUCUUUGGCACAGCUGCUCCGACAUCCCUGAAAUUUCCAAUCAGACUCUUCUUCUAACCUUGGCUCUCAGAUAUCUGAAAAAGGCAAAUUUCAUUAUUUCAAGACUGUAAACAGCUGCUCCACAUUCUCCUUCUGCAGAAUGAGAGUAAGAGAGAAAGGCCAGCGGAAAGCCCACAGCUAUCAAUUCACAUUUUAAACUCCACUGCACUGAUUUCCUCUCAGGUUGUCCCCGUUCCUCGCCAGGCGUUAUUGCUCACUACUCCUGUGCGCAGUAGGCAGUGUUUCAAAGUACCACUUGUCUUGAUUCAGGGGAUUUCCUGGCUGACAAUCUGUUUCUACAAAUCGGAGGCUUUUAGGCAAAACUAGAGGACUCUGACCAAGAAAGAGAUUGUAAGAGUGCUGUGUAAAAGCCACUGAACUUGUAUUCGGCCGACUAUAAGUGGCUGGAAGACCAGAUGUUUUUGCUCCCCACCAUCACAUUCAGGUUGACUUUGUUUUCGAUAACCUAAAGGGCGCUCCUCUGAGCGCGUUGCCACCAAAGCACUUUGAAGUACACAAAAAUGUCCUUCGGAGGGUCAGUCCCUCUAUCAGGUCCAACUAAAUAUAGAUGCCAACAAUGCUGGCACCGUCCUGCCCUUGCCUGGUAACAGGGCUAGGGUUGCCAGGUCUGUAGAGAGGGAUGCUGUGUGAUGAAUAGGAUUUAGCUGAAGCUCCGAGUGCAAAAUCCUCCCGCCGUAGAAGAGCAGGAUUUUCAGCAGCAAAGUCAUGCUACGGGAUUAGACCAUGCUCAGUUCUGUCAGCUCGGAGUACUUACUGCAAUAUUUUUAGUCAGAUUGAUGGAGAGAACCAGGGCCGUGAAGAGAAAGAAAGUAAUACACUCAUCCCAGAUACUGGGCUGAAGUUUGUAUUUGCUUUACUAGCCGCUGCUUAUGCUCACUCUGCACUUUUGCAGUAGUUUGUUGAUCCGUACAAGUGUAUUUUAAGCUUGUAUACAUGUCGCUGUUUUUUUUUUUUUUCCUUUGCUCGGUGCCUGUAUGUGUGGCUCAAGUGGAAGUCUGCAUGUACAGAUUCACGUGAUCACACGAGUCCCUGCGGUGUGUGAGGAACAGGCGCUCACUUGUGUGUGUGCGCGCGUCCUCUUUGUUUGUGUCGCGUUUUCACGUUCAAAGGCACUUUACACUCAAGAGUAUUAAUUAUCUGUUGUUGAGAGCAAUAUCAAGCCACUAUGGGAAAUGUUUUUGUCUGUGAUAUACAUCGACUUGACUUCUUCAUCAACCCUGAAUCUCAAAAUCUUCAUCUAUGAAACCCAGCAGGGUUGAUUGUUCAUUAGCACUUUGUUGUAUGACGUAUGUGAGCUACUAGGUAGAAAAAAAGUGUCAAAUCCACCCACUUGCUGUUUAUUGACCUCCAUAUGCCUGUUACCCUUGAUGACCACUCGUGCAUCAGGCUAACCUGACUGCAGGAGACGUACCAGAGAGCCCAUCUGGUGUUUGGAACAAAGAAGUUUGCAGUGUUACCUUUUAAGUUUUCCUAAAUCCUGGCUUUUUUUUUUUUUUUUUUGCAGUUCUGCUGAUGCUUCUUUGCUUCCUGUAGCUGAGAGCUGAAAUGUUUUAUUCAGUAUUGUUUCAAUUAGUGCUGCUGCUCCAUUGAGUGUCUAAUUGUUGAUGAAACACAGACAAACUUUAUCAUCACAAAUUGUCCUUGUGAGUACAAACUAGCUGUAGUAUUUUUAGUACAUUUUAAUGCUGCUUUUUCUUUUGUCCUUUGUUUGUUCAAUUAUCAGGAUGUACAGCAUACCUCCAGUUUUUCUUCUUCAAAAGCAUCCUCACUUGAGAUUUCCUUCGCCCCAGGCUGAUUUUGUUGAAGUGCAAUGCAAUAUGCAAUGCUGCUACAAACAUGAGCUAGCUGCUUCAACAUUUACAGUAAAGCUAUGCAGAUGCACACCAGCGUCACACCAUAUUUAUCCUCACCGUCUCACUUUCCUCAGAAAUGCUGUGAUGCUUUUUACUGUUGUGCAAUGUGUUUGAAUCUCCUCAAGGUUGGAUUUCAUAGUUAGCAUACCAACCUAUAAUACCACAUCACUUCCUGGAAAUCUCACUUUAAGAAAAUGCAUCAAUAGGUUAUUGUGACUGACCUCAACCACUUUGCAAAAUGUAUUUGAUCAAUAUCCUAAAUGUAUUGUUAAAGUUUCAAAACAGAACCAAAGACUGAGCCAGAGUCUUGGAACAGAUGUUCUCGCUGUUUUAAUUGUUUUUUUUUUUUUGCUGUUAACUGGUAUCAUUGAAAAUGCAGGUGCUAGUCAAUGCCAUAGCCUGUCUGCACUCCGUAUGCAAAUUGCUCCGCACUGUAAAAUGUAAUUCUGGUGUAGAAUAUGAUUAGCCUUUAAAAACAAAAAAACAAAACAAGCCAUAGACUGGAAACAAAGCUGUUUUUAAGUUAACUUGUUUUUUGUUUUGUCUUUUUAAUUUUUUUUAAUUUACUUUCAUUCAAAACACCACAAGUGCAAACCUGUGAAUAAAAAAAAAAAGAAUGUAUAUUAAACAUUAUAUGAUUCAUGUAGAUAUUUUUACUUUCAGAUUUGUUAAUCAGAUUGAUUACAGAUUGAUUGAUUGACUGCAUUUUCUUUGCAGGUUUCAUACUAUAAUGAUAUGUCUGACAUGCCGCGAGUAGGCUGGUUUCUUCCUUUUGUUGAUUUUUAUCUAAAUAAAUAUAUUCUCCCAUGAA